ACUAGUUGUGGGACACGAAAGGACUCGUUUCAGGUGUGCGACGACCAAAAGGAUUACUGUAUUAAUAAUAUCUUACAAACCGCUGAGGAAUACGCGAAUAAGAUUUGCCAAAAAUACCGAAUUAAAUACCCGACACUCUUGAGUGGAAUCGGACGACAAUUAUCGCCCAAAACAACAAAUAUAAACUCCGGAUGUAUAGUCGCGUGUCAGGACAGGGUCUGGAAAGACAUUCACUAUCAAAUGGAUGCCUUCACUGAUGGCAAGUUUCCCUUUGGAACCGAUUGUAGUUUCGGCUCCGGAGAGAGAUCUCAUUGUCUGAAUGGAAAGUGCAUUAAAUUUGAUGCGAAUAAUAUGGCCAUUGAGAACGACUCGAGUGGAAGACUUCAAGUCAAACAGUUAGUUAGCGAAGAGUUUUUAUUUCAUAACCGGCACCGGAGGGCCACUACUAUAAUAUUCAAAAAGUCAGGCAUUCAGGAGCAAACAGACCUGUCGUCAGAGAUAGCGAGUUGGCGUAAUAGAGACCAAUGGGUGCCAAUCACUCACCACCGAUGGCCCGCAUAUAACACGUCGAGACCAAUACAACUGUCGAGCAGUGAUGACCGAAACGAGACGCUAAGCGUUGAGCCGUACGUAUGGAGCGUAUCAUUGAGUGAAUGCGACCGAUAUUGCGGUCAGGGGUUGCGAAAAGUGGAGGUGUACUGUCACGCCGGCAAACAUCGAGUGGACGACUCCCUGUGCAGCGCCAACACCGCUAAACCCGCGCACAGGGCUCUCGAACAAUGCAAUUCACAUCCAUGUAUUGGC